AUGUUUGACAUGGAGAGAUUAGAAAAAGUUCAAUUAAGUGCUGCAAGGAUUGUUACUGGUUUACCCAUUUUAGCAUCUACAGAUUCUCUCUACACAGAAACUGGCUGGGAAUCUCUGAAUAAAAAUGAAACGUCCCAAGCAGGCCCGGGACCAGCCCGCGUGGAUGGCCCCACCAAGUCCUCCUCAGUGCUGAAAGCAAACACGAUGUCCAUCGUCCGAAAGCUGUCCGAAGCAUUUAGAUAUUCGAUUCAUAAGAACAAAGCGGCGCCUCAGUACCGCUGGCUUUCUGAAGGACCUAACGGCCUAUCUUCCGUCUCCAGUCGCGUAGAAACCUCAAAAACCUCGACGGAGAAAGACACGAAAAAAGAUGACAGAAGAAGAAAGUUGAAAAACCAAUUCCGGUUGUUCCAUAAUAAACAUAAAGGUUCCGAUCUUCUGCUCUCGAGUCCAACAAAGGCGGAACUGAAAUCAAAGAAGCAUACGCCAGUAUCGCCCCACAACACCGACGAUGGGCCGCGUAUGGAUAUAGUACCAGAUCACAUUUUGAUGGCACGGAUUCUUCGUCCUAAAAGUCUGCCUCCUCUUGCACCCAAUGCCAAGGACAUUUCCCUUAUCAUUCCCAAAAGAAAUCGAAUAACAAAGGAAACGGGGUUUUACAUCUUUGAAAAUCUGGAGAGCUUGAUAAAACACAACAAAUUACACGAAUUUCGCAUAACACCCAGUGACAUACAUAAAGUGUAAUUGUUGUACAGUGUAUAAGACUGUUCUGGACCGUUUACAAGUGAUGUUUUGAGGCGGCUACAGUUGUCUGUACCUGGAUUCCAUAGCGGUACCAGAAAGCAUCAUAUUUGGUAACACGUAACAGAGAAGGUCAUCUAUAUAGAAGGAGUCACACAACAGUGCAAUGAACGAAUAAUUUUAUGCAGUUCUGUUGUAAGGGGAAUAAUGGUGAUGACUAUUUUGUUAAAUGUAAUAGGCGGAAUUAGGGGCGUCCCCUUUUGUGAUCAUAAUUUAAAAAAAAUAAAA